UGUUGAGUAAUCCGAACCAUGUGCUACGUGAAUACCUUUUGCCAAUAUUGUGCCAAACGCUGCCCCGAUACGUUUGUGAAGAUAGUUCAUCCACUGUCUACAAUCUUCGUAGCGGCGGGUAUCUUAUUCUUCUUCUCAGUGCAGAUGUUUUACAUUGCACCUCAGGUGUACAAGGACAUGGCCUACAAGCUCUACUGGAUACUGGCCAUCUUUAUAAUGCAAAAUAUCCUAGGGAACUGGUUGGCCUGUUAUAAGACAAGCUCAUCGGUGGAGACUUUGCCCAAGGACUGCCAAAUUCCGGUUCCAGAGGAGGAGCACCUGUGGCGCUAUUGUGAACCCUGUAAAAAGCUAAUGCCUCCGAGGUCCUGGCACUGCGGAUUGUGUAAAUGCUGCAUUUUGAGGAGGGAUCACCACUGCAUCUUCACGGCCACUUGCAUCGGUCACAAUAACCAGCGAUAUUUCUUCUGGUUCGCAUUCUAUUUAACAUUUGGCUUAAUCGUGAGCUUUGCCACUUUUUGCACUCAUUUGGCAAGGAAUGGCUGUAAUAUGUUUAUGAUGCCGGACCUGUUUUCGAAUUUACUAUUACAGUUCUUGUGCAAAAAUCACGACAGUACCUCCAACGGCAGUCUUUUUUACGACAGUACCUCCGACGGCAGUCUUUUUCAGACCAUAACCUAUACUCUGAACAUUUUCGCUUUCCUCAUACCUGGCUUCAUGCUUACAUACCAAGUUCAGAUUUUAUGCCUUAACUCUAGUUACUACCAAAUGUUUGAUGAUGUCUAUGACUUGGGUUUCCUAAAGAACUGCGAACUUAUUAUGGGCCAGCAAGGACUUUGGACAUUCCUAUCACCCUUGCUGAAGAGUCCUUUGCCCCACGAUGGCACUCAGUGGCAGAUGAAGCAACAAUCUCUAUAAAUUUAUAGAUGCCUUAGAACAAAAUUUAUAAAUUGAGAUGAAAAUA